AUGGGUGCGCGCUUCGUAGUCGAGGACAGUAUGGGUAGAAUACGUCUUAUGUCGAGCUCUGCUACUGGGGGCCAGCUUGCUAUUGAUGGAGCCAGAACUGCAGGAGUCCCUGACACCCUUCGAGGGGAUGAGGCACUGGUCAGCCUUCGGAACCUCGUUCGAACGCAAUUUGGUGGCACAUACGGCUUAAAUUGGGUAGCUGUUGGUCCCAAUGGAAAUCCUCCAUUGAAGGAGGUUGGCCUCUCCCGAUCGGCUCUCAAAAAGAUUAUCUCGCCACAAGAAGCCGACAGACUCAUUUCGGAAGUUUUGACUUGUGAUUCCAAUGUUGCUUUACAAGAUGCUAUUUUGAGCUUGUCUGGCCUAAGUUUAAAGUCUGGCGAAAAUUCUUCUCUGCUUCCUGAAUCUGGACUUGAGGCAACUCCACAAGCAUCUCUCCUUGGAUACAGCCAGCAACCCACCCAGCAGACUGCCCAAGGGACUCUGUUUGGAUCUACCCAGAACCCUCAGAUGCAGCAACCUGUCCAAGGAUUUCUCUUCGGGUCUAACCGGAACCCCGCCCAGCAGACCGCGCAAAAUCCUCUCUUUGGCUCUUUCCAGCAAUCCCAGGCUCAGCAGGAUCACAACCAACAGAUAAGCGCCCAGCGGCUAAGUGACCAGAGAGAAAAGGCUCAGGAGGAACUGUAA